AGAGCUCACAGUUUUGCCCCGAGUCUCCCCCUACCCCCUGUUCCAGGGUUUUCAGCGUACAAACUAAACAUGUAUUUAAGAAGAAUUUUAAUCCACGCUCAGCUGUUGGGAUUGCCUUGCACAACCAGUGCUCUGCUGCUACCAGUACGCAGAAAGGCCAAAAACACAAAAGCACUUGUUCGUUUUAUAAUUAAUGGGAGGGUGUUUUCUGUGUAGGUAUGGAGGCAAUUGUUAGAAAUAUGCAUCAGGGGAGGCUUAUGUCUUGGGAUUUUAAAAGCCGUGUGCUCACACAUAUACCCACCUUACAAUGUCUUCUUUUGGAACCACAGAAUUCAAGUCACGGAGAUGGAAAUGCAUCCCUAGAAAAGGAUCCGGAUACCGCCGGUGUUACCUUCAAAAGGCCAUCAUCAGCUCCGCUACAGCUUGUGUUCUGCACUGGGCAAUCGCCAGGCCUUGGUUAGGGACCCCUCAGCUAUGCAGGUCGCUGUCAGUGCCCACAACAAAUUGCUGCACCCCAGCCUGUCUCCAUGGUGCUGCAGGGGAUGAGGCUCUAAGUGGGCCUCUUCCUUCAGCUACAAUUAUAAAUGCCAUAACGUCAGUUGCUCCUGGACCUGAAAAAUCUUUUGAGAAGGAUGCUGCUGUGAAAAAUGUAGUGAGGGAAGCGGUGCUUGUCUAUGGGUAACCCAGGGAAGUUCCCACCAAGGUCAGCUGUGAGGCUGGGUCUUUUUAUUCAAUCAAAUUUGGGAAUCAUUUUGACUAAAGAAGAUGCUGCAAGUGCUAUGAUCAAGCUGGUAGUGGACAUCCCAAUUUCAUGGGUCAGGAAAGACCCUUGGACACUCAUAAACUCCUUGGACAGUACGAGUCUGAAGACAGCAGGGACAAGGAGAGCAGGAGACCUUGGACUCGUUUUGGAGGAAAAGCCUUUGUGGAUGACCUGAGAUGGAAGAACAAUUAGGGCAAACUGCCUCUGUUCUCAUCUAUGUCUAGAAAACACGCAUUUCCAGAUCUUACAGAUAAAUGUUGAGAUGCGAAGACCUUUGCUCAGUAAAUCGGAUCUGUCACCUGCGUCUUACUUUUCUCAUAUGACACUUGGUAACUUUUUGGAGAGUCAGCUUUCUAGAGAAACAGGAACUGAGGUGUAACAGGAGGAAAGUUCAGUUAGCUUUAAACUUAACCCAUUUUGCUGUUCUGAUUAUUAUUUCCUAUGAUGCUAUGAUUCUAUAGCCACACAAUAUCUUCUCCAGCCAUCUCCUUUCUCUUGAGAGUUUUCCAAUCUCUUCCAUUUCAUCACAUCAAUUGGAUGUCAUCGCUCUGGCUCAGUGUUGAUUGGGGGCACCUCUAAGAGUAUUAACUUUGCUUCAGGCUUGGUAAGGCAGCAAAGCUUCAUCCCCGUGGCUUUGUUCCCAGCAGAAGAGGCAGCUUUGCAAGUGGUUUUACGGACCUGAGGCUGUAUACCUAUGACAGUUUAAAAAUCAAACAAAUGAAAAGCCCAGAGAAACCCUGUUAGACAGGAGAAGAAGGAAGCAUCAAGUGCUUUGUUGUCUGUGCCCCGUUCCAUUUCAUGCUUGCAAAAUAUGUUUAGCCCGCAAAACGGUGCAAUAAAACAAAAUGCCUCUUCUCACCAAGAUGUGAAACAUGCACGUAAAAAUGACACGGGUACCACGGCAAGCCUUUGCGUUUGGGCUAGGUUUUACAGAGGAAGAACCUCUGAAGAACCUAGGGAGAAAGACCCCUGUGUGAUGCCACAGCUGCCACCUCAAGGGGCAUCUCUGUGACCUCAGAGGCAUCUGUGCUCACCCCUGGGUGAGCCUGCGGUCUGCAGAGCCUCAGAGAUGGCGAGGAGGGCUCCCCCCAAGAGGCGCCCAGGGGCAUCGCCAGGCCCCUUGCAGAGCGGGGCCGCCUGCAAGGCCGCAGGGGAGGCAGCGGGGCCGAGCCACGGGUGCCUCCACGUGCAGGUUGGGCUGCAGGAGGUGAGGCACUCUUUGGAGUUAGUUCCUGGCUCUGCCAGCCAAGAGCCUGCAAGGCAGCAUGGCACGGCCACGGAAGCUGCAGGGACGGUCGUCAGCACUGCUCGCCAUCUGGCAAGGGCCCUCGUGCUGCAGACCCUCCCCAAGACUUGCAUCUUUGCUGCGCAAAAGAUGACCCUGCACAAGAAGGAGUUCUUGAAAAUCUUCAUCAUGGUCUCAGUGACCCUUGCAGCAGCUGGCGCAGUUUGCUGCGGGACCUCGCGGCUAGCCUGGAAAACGGGGGCAAGGAAAGCGGCCCAGAGGCUGCUGGCAGAAACGGAGUCUCUGCGGAACUCCCUGGAUUCCGUGGAGGUCCAAGCCAAGAGGAUACAGCUCCUGCUGGAGCAGGUGGCUUCGCUGAGGGCAGAGCUCAGCAGCGUGACGAAGGAGGUUCAGGAGGUGAAAUGGGCAGCGUCUGAGACGGCUUCGGAAGACGACGUUCAGCCGUCUGACCGGGCGCUGAAAAGCUCAGCUGGGCACCUCCACCUGACGAGGACAGCGACGAGAGACGUGGGGCUGGCCAGCGGCACCAACAACACCGUGUAAGCACCGGGUUCUCCUAGCCUGUGGCCUCUUGCACCCUUACGCUCCUUUCUUCAUUAAAGGUGCCACCAACGACCAUGUCCAAGACCUGCGAAUGCCAAGAGAGUUGGUCCUGAAGGCUUUUUUUUU